AGUAGUAACUCACAGAGCCAGAAGAAAGAUAGAAAGAACAAAGUUAACGCAAUAAUGCUUCCCAUCCUCUUCCUCUUCCUUUCUCUCCCCUUCUUCCUCCUCCCCUCCUCUCAUGCCGCAGACUUCUGCGUCGCAGACCUCACGGGCCACCUCACCCCCUCCGGCUACGACUGCAAAGAGGAGUCUUCCGUCACCACCGACGACUUCGUCUUCUCCGGCCUCGGCGUGCCCGGAAACACCUCCAACAUCAUCAAGGCCGCAGUGACCCCCGCCUUCGUCGCCCAAUUCCCGGGUGUCAACGGUCUCGGCAUUUCCGCCGCUCGCCUCGACCUUGCUCCAGGGGGUGUCAUCCCCCUCCACACCCACCCUGCCGCCUCUGAGUUCCUCGUGGUCACCCAUGGCACCAUCUGCGCCGGCUUCAUCUCCAGCGCCAAUAAAGUCUACUACACGACCCUCAAAACGGGCGACUCCAUGGUCUUCCCCCAAGGGCUACUGCACUUCCAAGUGAAUGGUGAUGAGACGAAGGCCAUGGCCAUUGUGAGCUUCAGUAGCCCGAGCCCAGGACUCCAGAUAACAGCAUUCGCGCUCUUUGCGAACAAUUUGCCGUCGGAAUUGGUGGAGAUGGUUACCUUCCUCGAUGAUGCUGAAGUGAAGAAACUCAAGAAGUUGCUUGGAGGGACCGGGUAAGGGAGUGAACUUGGUUGCCUCCAGAGAGUUGAUUUAAUCAUUUAAUGUGAGUUUUUCGUGGGUUUUGUGUCUGUAUGCAUGUGCUUUUAGUGUGAGUGUUCGAUGUGUUUCUUUUGUCGUGUGCAAAUGGUGGUGUAUGGAGUCUUUCCUUGGGUGAGGUAUUAUGAGGUGAUCAAAUUAAUCUAAUAUCACUUGGAAUGGAUGAACCCUUUUCUUUUGUUGA